UUUCAUGUUUGCAGUGUGACUUCUGUGGUGAGGAGACACAAGCAGAAGGGCAGAGGCAAACAUAAAGGGAAGAAGGGACUCUGUGUCAGCUCUGGAUGCUGAAAACAUCAAUCUCAGGAAAGUUAAUAUAACCCAUUCUGUUAGGCUGAAGACAACUGCAGAUCAAAAGCGUUUCGCAGCAAACGCAAACAUCAACUUUCAAACUGCAGGUUUGAAGUUGAUCAAGGAUGCAGUCCUACCUUGCUCUGCUGCUGGGGAUUGUGGCAUCUGCUGCUGCAGCACAAUGGAGGCGUCCGGUGAUCAAGUUCAACUCUAAGGUGGUGGAGGGUCCUGAGGUGGUGGUUAAACCUGGGACCUCUCUAGAUCUGAAGUGUGAGGGUGACGGGCCUGUGAACUGGCAAACGAGGCUAGCCAAACACAGACGCUUUGUGUCCAAGGGCAACGGGAACUUCCGCACCUUAAGGGUUGAACGUCCGUCUGCAGAAUUCACUGGAACAUACAAGUGUUUUUACACUGCUGGCUCACAGAAUCGUGAACUGACCACCUCAGUGCAUGUAUACGUGAAAGAUCCAAACCGUGUAUUCUGGACCAGCAGCACGUCCCUGAGGGUGGUGAAGAAGGAGGGUGAAGACUACCUGCUGCCCUGUCUGCUGACUGACCCAUCAGCUACAGACUUAGGCCUUCGCAUGGACAACGGCACUACAGUGCCACCAGGGAUGAAUAUUACAGUUUACCGGCACCGUGGUAUUCUCAUCCACAGCCUCCACCCCAGCUUCAAUGCUGACUACGUCUGCACAGCCAAAGUCAAUGGAGUGGAGAAGACAUCUAAAGCCUUUUCCAUCAACGUCAUUCAGAAACUUCGUUUCCCACCAUAUGUCUUCUUGGAGACAGAUGAAUAUGUGCGCAUUGUUGGGGAGGAACUCAAGAUUCGCUGCACAACACACAAUCCCAACUUCAACUACAAUGUCACCUGGAAAUACACCACAAAGUCGAAAGCAAUGGUAGAGGAGAAGGUUCGCUCCAGUGGAGAAAAUCGCCUGGAUAUACAGAGCAUACUAACAAUCUCUUCUGUAGACCUUACCGACACAGGAAACAUUUCCUGCAUUGGCACUAAUGAAGCAGGGGUGAACAGUUCAACAACAUACCUGCUGGUUGUAGACAAGCCCUACAUCAGGCUAUUGCCCCAGCUCUCCCCUAAACUGGCCUACCAGGGUCUUUCGGUCGAGGUGAACGAGGGAGAAGAUCUGGAGCUCAGCGUUCUCAUCGAAGCGUACCCCCAAAUCACAGAGCACAGAUGGAACACCCCAACAUCUCCUACGUCCACACAGGAGCACAAGCUCAUCAGAUACAACAACAGAUACCAUGCUAGUCUGCAGCUGAAGAGAAUGAAUGCACAGGAGCAAGGGGAAUACACCUUCUAUGCCAAGAGUGACCUAGCCAAUGCAUCCAUCACAUUCCAAGUCCAAAUGUAUCAGAGACCUGUUGCUGUGGUGAGAUGGGAAAAUGUAACUACACUCACAUGCACCUCAUUUGGCUAUCCCGCUCCCAGAAUCAUCUGGUACCAGUGUUUUGGGAUACGUCCUACGUGCAAUGAAAACAACACAGGGCUACAGAUGGCAGUCCCUCUCCAGGCUCCUACAGUGGAGGUCCAGAGGGAGGAGUAUGGGGCUGUGGAGGUGGAGAGUGUCCUCACUGUGGGUCCGUCCAGCCGGAGGAUGACGGUGGAGUGUGUAGCCUUCAACCUCGUUGGUGUUAGCAGUGACACUUUUGCAAUGGAGGUUUCUGAUAAGUUCUUCUCUUCCACCUUGAUUGGAGCAGCAGGCAUUCUGACCAUCCUUCUUGUACUACUGGUUUUUCUGUUUUACAAAUAUAAGCAGAAGCCCAGGUAUGAGAUCCGUUGGAAGAUUAUCGAGGCAAGAGAUGGAAACAACUACACCUUCAUUGACCCCACUCAACUGCCAUACAAUGAGAAGUGGGAGUUCCCAAGAGACAAGCUGAAGCUAGCAGGGAAGAUCCUCGGUGCAGGUGCGUUUGGAAAGGUAGUUGAGGCCACAGCCUAUGGUCUGGGAGAGGAGAAGGAAAAUGCGAUGCGUGUGGCUGUGAAAAUGUUAAAAGCCAGCGCUCAUUCAGAUGAGAGGGAAGCUCUGAUGUCUGAACUGAAGAUUCUGAGCCACCUUGGACACCACAAAAACAUCGUCAAUCUACUGGGAGCGUGCACCACCAGAGGACCAAUUCUUGUGAUCACAGAAUACUGCAGCCUCGGCGACCUUCUCAACUUCCUUCGCCAGAAGGCAGAGACAUUUGUAAACUUUGUUAUGAACAUUCCUGACAUUAUGGAGAACUCUAUCGACUACAAGAACAUCUGCAAUCAGAAACAGUUCAUUAGAAGUGACAGUGGGAUCUCCAGUACAUCAUCAAGCAGUUACUUGGAGAUGAGACCCAUUCAGCUGCCACAUAUGGAGUCAUCUCGAGACUCUGUUUGUGAGGAGACUGGUGACUGGCCACUGGACAUUGACGAUUUGCUGAGAUUUUCCUUUCAAGUGGCUCAAGGCCUUGACUUUCUGGCUGCCAGAAAUUGUAUUCACAGAGAUGUGGCUGCUAGGAACGUCCUCUUGACCAAUCACAGAGUGGCCAAGAUUUGCGACUUUGGUCUGGCACGUGACAUCAUGAACGACUCCAACUACGUGGUGAAGGGCAACGCACGGCUGCCAGUAAAGUGGAUGGCUCCAGAGAGUAUCUUUGACUGUGUCUACACUGUGCAGAGUGAUGUCUGGUCCUAUGGUAUCCUCCUGUGGGAGAUCUUCUCUUUGGGCAAGAGCCCCUACCCCAGCAUGGCUGUGGACUCCAGGUUCUACAAAAUGGUGAAGCAUGGCUACCAGAUGUCCCAACCAGACUUUGCCCCCCUUGAGAUCUACAUGAUCAUGAAGAUGUGUUGGAAUCUGGAGCCUACAGAGCGUCCGACUUUUAGCAAGAUCACACAAAUGAUAGAAAGACUACUUGGAGACAACCCCGAACGGGAACAGUUAAUCUACCAGAAUGUGCAGCAGCAGGUCACAGAGGGUGAAGUGUGUGAUGAGCCCAAGUGCUGCGACGGCCCCUGUGACCAGUCUUGUGACCACGAGGAAGAGGAGCAGCCUCUGAUGAAAACCAACAACUACCAGUUUUGUUGAAAAUCCUAAAAGCCAAUCAAUCAGCAAACCAGUCGCUCAUCAACAAGCAUCAGAAAAGUGGGAUCAGCUGUAGUUCGUGGCCAGAAUACCACAGCCAGUUGCAGAGAGUCACCUUCACAGCUAUUUUUUUCCUGUCGUGUCUGCACGCCAGACAGGCAAGCAGCUGUGGCAAGCAUGUGACUUGCUUCUUUGCAGACCAUGACUAGAAAUUGCCACGUCUAACACCGACAUGAAAGGAGGAAACAUGUCAACAAACCACACAAGCAUCCAAAGAUGUAUCUUAUCCUCAACGUUAGUCCCUCACGGACUGUUUGACUCCUUCUGCUAUGUAUUUGAGUUUUAACCAGUUACAGUUUAUCCAAAGGAGAAUCUGUGUGUCCUUUCAUCUGAGAGUGUUAUCGAUUAUAUAUUGUACACUAUGUUCGUCACUAUUUUUUUUAUUACUCCCCCAUAACAGUGAAUGUCUUGUUUUUGUGGAGAUUUCGGUCACUUUUGUCAGCAGGUUCACUUCCUUUUCAACAUUUUUUUUUUUUUGCAUGUAGAGGAAGCAACCAGUCCACUAAUCCACAAACACUGGAUUCAAAACUAUGUGAGAUAAACACUGUUAUGCGCUCUAGAUAAGUUAGGUUAUAUUCUCUGAUCGCCUUAAUUGAACGUCUAAAACAGUGCGGGUGUUUUUUUUCCGGUUCAAACAUGGAAAAUCAUCUGUGGAGAAGGCAAAGAACGGCCGCGUUGUUUUCCUGUCUGUGCUUUAGUCAUAGCUGUAUUUCUUGUGACACACUUACAGUAGCUGUCAGUUGAUGGCAACAUGUGAUUGUUCUACUUCAGUUUAAUUAAUUAACCAGCGUUCAGUGUUAUUUAGGAGCAGGGAAUACAACUGAACAGAGCAGGGAAAUCUGUGGAUCCAUUAUGGAUCAAAUGAACAAUGGUUCAUGUUUGACAAUGUGAAAGUUUUUUUUGGGGUUCUCUUGCGUGGCACAACAUACUCUUCUCAUAUCUUACAGAGUUAGACGAGUGUUUGGAUGCAAGCUUCACCAGUGUCUAUAUGUAGCAGUCAGCCUACACUGCCAAAUGUAUGAAGAUUUUAACAUUAUAAGCUAUAGUGAAAGAUACAGACUGCAAAUGUGCGAUGACUUCAGGCAUUUCAAAUGUGCUUGCAACAUAAUGAAACGUGUGUGAGAUGUCCAAUAAUGUAUAUAUCUCAUGAUGUAAAUCAAGAAUUGUGUUUAUUUUCGCUGAAUUGUUGUAGAGUAGAUUGUAGUACAUCAAUAUUUCAUUUGUUCGUUUGUUGUGUUUUUUUUGUGUGUGCAAAUGAGACAAUCAAUGCAAAAGCUGCCAAUUAAAUCACUGAAAAACUGCAGAGGCGUUGAUUAAAGCUUUAUUAUGGAAACUUCAAAGUAAAGUUUAUAUGUACUACAA